AUGGGUUGGAUAUGUAUUCUACUUUUGGCAAUUUUAUUGAAAGGUAAUUUUUUUUUGAAAAAAGUUUUGGAGAAAAUCUGAGCUGCUGUCUUUCCAGAUUCCUAUGGAUGUUCUGAAAAUCCAACUUUAUGUAUGAUGGAUUUAUUGAAACAAUGGGAAGAAUUUCGAGUAAAGGAAAAAGAUGCAGCGAAUGUUUUGGUGCCAGUUCUCUAUUAUUCACAUACUUCACUUGAUAUUCUUUGCAAUACCUACAACAUUCUUCAUAAUAAAUGUGGAAUUGAAAAAUGUGAAAAUGAUCCGGUGGCAAGUUUUGUUCAAAGGAAUUUCGGAUAUACUUGUGCUAACAGUUUGAAACAUCAAGAAUGUAUUGUGAAAGCGUUGGUAGGGUCAAAUUGCACUGGAUUGAUUGAAGAGGCACCGAAAAUUGGAGGCGAUUGUAAGUUAUAUAUCUUUUUCAUGGCUCUGAAAAAUUCCAACAAUUCCGAUAUUUUCUAGUACACUGCGACAAAAUAAAUCAGUUUGUACCAUGCGCUGAACAAAUUGUAAAAUCGGAAUGUGGCCAAAUAUCGUAUGCCAUGGUUAUGAAGACUCUUCAAAUGUACGGUUGUGAUGAAAAAAUUGAUAUAGAGAAAGUCGAUGAGUUUUUGAAUAUCAGCGAAGAGCACUUUGUUGAAACAACAACUAUUCUUGCUGAAAUUCGAGUGACUAGUGAAGAUCCUGCAACUUCUACAGUAGAAGUUACUACUGAAGGAACAUCUCAAGAACCAUCUAGUUCCAUAACUGAAGUUUCUCCAACAACAACAAUUGUUGAAGAAACUACUUCAGAAUCUUUGAAAAGUUCGACAGAACUUAUUAAUGAAGUUGAAGGAUCUGGUGAAGAGGUGAUAAUAAAGACCACGACAACAACGCAAUCAGCUAUCAGAACUAGAAAACCGAAAAGAUUCCGCGCUGAAAAUAUGACUGAUUGUUACAGUAGUAUUUUGAGGUAUUUAUUAUUUUUUUAAAGUUUCAGUCAUCAUUGAUUUUUCAGUGAUUUCGGUAGAUUUUUGAAAGCAACCCCAUCAUCUUCUUUUAUUCGAUUCCCACUUUUUGGCCUCAAACCAAUGGAAGUCGAUGUUCUUUGUUCGAAAAGAGAGAUUAGUCAAGAAUGUGUAGAUCAUUUUUGCGUCGGAAAUUGUCGACAUCCACCAAUUAAAAGUUUUGUCGAUGCGCAAUUAAAUGAAGUUUGCCGCUUGAAAACUUCCGAUGAUUUUGAGCUCGAAUUCACAUGUCUGCAGAAUGUACUAGUUGAUACUCCGGUAAUUUCCAAAUUUUUCGAUUGGUUUUAAAAAUCAAUGUUUAGGAAUGUUUAACUUUUAUCAAUACUACAUCUCCGAAUCGCUGCGAUGGUCACGGUCAUUUCAGAAAUUGUAUUGGCGAAAAAAUUGUUGCUGAAUGUUCUGGAGACACUUUGAUGCUUCUUGAUAAACUUCAGAAAGGGUUUUGGAUGUCGUUUGAUCACAGGCUUUGAAGUUGAAGAAAUUGAAUCGUCUGGGGAUGAAGGUUCUGGAAGUGAGAUUGAGAAUGGAGAGAAGAAUUCCACAGAAGUUGUUGAGAAAUUGAAUCAAGAAGAUUUUUUGUUGACUAGUAUCAAUGAAACGAGAAAUUGUACUGGGGAUGUGAAAUCAAUUGUAAGUUUCAUUCCAGAUUGAAUUUCUCAUCAUUCAUCGAAAACUAUUCAGGCAUUAGGAUGUUUAGCUCCACUUCUUAGACUUUGGACUGGUAUCAAGGCAAAUCGAAAAGAUACAGAAGGAGUUUUCCCGAUUUUCCAGUUUUCCAAAAUUGAACUAUUAGAAAUUUGUGAUUCUUUUAUCAACUAUCGGAAUUGUUUCCAAAGAACGAAUUCAGCAAUUUGUAAUUCUCAACCAGUUGUCUUAUUCGCAGAAGAACAUUUUGGACAAGUUUGUACAACUCAAACAAUUGAAGCAUCAAUUCGAACACAUGAUUGUAUAAACGCAUUGAGUCAUCGAGAUGUCACAAAUUGUAAUCGAUUCUCAUUUGGUGAAACAUUACCAGGAAAAAGAAAAUGUACAAAAGUUCGAAGGUAUACAAAAUGUUUACGAAAACUUGUGAAAGAAUCAUGUGGACAUUUGAUGUUAGCGCAUUAUGAUAAUAUUGUUGAUCGAUUUGGUUGCUAA